AUGUCUAUUUCCGGCUUUAAGAUUCCUAUUGCGGAGCCAUUCGCGAAGCUGGAGAGUGGUCACAGCGUGCCCGUGCCUCCGCGAUUGCGCCUGCAGGCAGGGCAGGUUGUGCGGCCGCACAACGCGCGCCAGCUCCAUUGCACUGUGCGCGCCGGCCGGGAGGCGCGCCCGCGGGGUACGCAACCCAACGCGCUCGGCCGUCCGCUUGGCCAGCGCGAGCAGCCCAGGCGCAGCCGAGUCGAGUCUGACGUGUUCUCUUUGCCCUCUGUUCCAGGCUACGGGUCCGUGUCGCCGCGCACCACCUGGGGCCGCCUGGUGUCCAUCUCGUACGCCAUCAUCGGCAUCCCCCUGAUGCUUCUGUACCUGUCCACCACGGGCGAGUCGCUGGCCAGGAGCUUCCGCAAGGCCUACAGCCGCAUGUGCGUCAGCAGACGUGACCCCGGAGAGAAGGCGGCCAAGCAGAAGAGCGGCGGCAAGGCGGGCAAGCAGGCGGCCAAGUCGGCCGGGAAGGCGGGCAAGCUCGGCAAGGCGAAGGGCAAGGGCCCUGCCGUGAUCACGAGCUCGAGCGGCAAGGCGCCGGCCGCCACCAGCUCCAUGAAGGCGCACCUCAACCACAGCCACAUGGGGAUGUCUCUGGGCGCCAAGCUGGGCGCCACGGACGAGCUCACGCUCAAGGUGGACCGCGCCCUCUCCGUGGUGGACUGCGGCGCCGGCGACGGCGUGGGCCUGUCCGGCGGCUCAGCGUCCACCUCGGAGCCGGGGCCGGCCCCGCCGCCGCUGGGCUCCGUCAAGGUGCCCGUGCUGCUGUGCCUUCUCGUCCUGCUGGCGUACAUCGCGGGCGGCGCCUUCCUGUUCCACUACCUAGAGGGCUGGAGCCUGGUGGAGGGCUCCUACUUCUGCUUCACGACCCUCGGCACCAUCGGCUUCGGCGAUCUCAUACCCGGCCGCGCGUCGGGCAGGGUGCGCGGGCCGCGCGCCGAGGUGGUGUCGGUGCUGGCCGCGUCCGUCUACAUCAUGGUGGGCAUGGCGCUGGUCGCGAUGACGUUCGCCCUGGUGCAGGACGAGUUCGUGGGCCUGCUGCGCCGCCUCAGCCGCCAGUGUGCGCCCGGCGCGCCCGCGCCCGCGCCGACCCGCACCAGGGCGAGGCCGCGGCCGAGCUGCAGCGACUCCGAGUCCAACACGGACCCGCCGGGGGCGUCGCUCACGCCGUGCGAGGUCAUGGCCAUGACGGCGUCCUCCUGACAUCCGCUCCCGGAGGGCGGCGCGCCCCUUGGCGAGUGGCGCCCGUCACCUCCGGGACCGCCGCCCCCGGCGCCGCUCAUCCCCAUCCCCGUGCACGUGAAGGCGGGGGCGCCCUGCGCCUCCAAGCCGCCGCUCGGCCUGCUCGUGCCGCAGGCGGGGCCGCUGCCGCCGCGCAUGUCGCACAGCCUCCCCCGCCGCAAGGCCAGCGUCCCCAUGGCGGACGAGUUCGGACGCAACGGCCCGGGCCGGCGCUCGGCGGGGCCGGGCGGCACCAACCGCCUGUCGCCCGAGCCGCUCAUGGAGUACUUCGUGCCGCGCAGCGUCAGCGAGUUCAACCUGGCGGGCGUGGUGGCCGAGGAGGACGAGGGCAUGCUGGUGCCCGAGCCGCCGGGGCCGCCCAAGAUACCCAUGCCGCCGGGGCCGCCGGGGCUGCACCAGGGCCACCCGCACCAGCUCACCGCCAUCCUGAGGCCGCCGAGCGGCGCGGCGCGCAAGCUGGGCAUGGCGUCCUCCCGGUCCAGGGAGAAGAUGGUCACCUUCGAGGACGACUCGCCGGGGCCGGGCGCGUGCCCCGGUCCGUGCCAGGGAGACGUGUUUAUGUGAGACACUGAGUGCCGCAAGGGUGCCGACGAGUGCUGAUGAGAGGACCCCGAGUACUUUACAAACGAUUUCCAGAAUGAUGUCGGUUCCUUGACAAUUAUCGCCAUUGCGAUGUUCUUCUGAGUCCGUGUUGUUUAAGUUUAUUGUGGCGCGAGUGAGGGAGUGUGUGAUCCCGAGGAGGCAGACUGCCAUUCAUCGAGUUUUUGGAGUGUUAUUUUUUUGUUUCCUAUUUUUUAGCGACAGGCGAUGACAAGAGAGGUAGAGUCCCAGUCUCUAUAGUUGCAGCGUAUUGUAUUGUCUGCCUGUUGAGUCGGCCCGGCCCGCCCUGCCGGCAGGGUGGACGGCACUCAGCUGCAGGCGUUCCCACGGACACUCUGGAGUGUGAAAGAGAGUGAGUGUGCGAGCGAGUGAGUGAGUGAGUGUGCGAGUGAGUGAGGGUGAGUGUGUGUGAGUGUCUGUGCGAGUGAGGGUGAGUGUGUGUGUGUUUGCGAGUGAGGAUGUGCUUCCGGCCUGUGUGGAUACCCGACUCAUAUAUGACUGUGAUGUGAUUCAUAAAGUAGUAUAUACAUUUAUACAUAUAAAUAUUAUUAGUGAACAUUAAUUGGUCAGUGGAUGGGAAGAACAUUAUAUUUUUGUGAUUUAAAGUUUGGAAAAAGAAAUGAGAAAAUGAAAAAUAAAGAUCAAGAAUUGAUAUUGUUUUAUGAAUUAGAUGUUGUUUGCUCAGGAUAAAUUGGAAAGUUAGAAGUUUGCCACGGCAGGCAAAAUUAAAGCAUGUUAAUUUAGCAUUUUGUUUAUAUUAACUUUGCUCAAACAAUUCAUUUUCGUUCUGUUCUUGUACUAAAGAAGUGUCGUGGAAAAACUUACAUACGCACUCACUGCCCGAUGUUGUGUAACACUGUUUUAAUGGCGAUGCACACAAAAAAGGACAUAGCAAACAGUAUCUUGCCAUCAAAUUUAUGUGUAAUAGUUGCUGGGAGAACAUGUUACAUGUACGUGUCUCCUCUGACUGAGUGAUGUGACAUAGUACCAGUUUCAAGCAGAAGAAGGGGUUGUGUCAUAUCUUUCUUGGUAAUAUUCUAAAUGUACAGAAUGGAAAUGGUGGAUCCAAACGUAUGGUAAUUCAAAAACUUUCUUGUUAUUUGUUUCUGAACUUUAUGUGCCAGACAAUAGAGGGCCAGUUUGUCAUCAAUACUAUGAGGGUAGUUAGAAUCAAUUCAAAUCAAUCUAUCUACUACUAUGACGUCAGCCCUCUCCACGUGAGAGAUGAAAAAACUGUAUCGAAGUGAUCAAUUCAACGUGGCAACGAAUAUACUUUCUCUUACAAAUGUAUAAAUAGUUAUAUAAUAAAUAAUUGUGAACGAACUGA